CCUUCUCUCUCUUGACUCCUUAAGUUGUGUUGGGUUCCCGUUUUCUUUCUCUAAAAAUCUAAUCUUGAUCUCUUCCCCAUUGCCAUUUUAGAUUCAGCCCAGCCAGGUUUAAGGGAGACUAGGCUUGUUGCUGAAUCAAAACCAGAACCCAACUUUUGUUUCCUUUUGGGUCCUCUUUAUAUACAUCAAAGGUCACUCAUUUUCAUCAAUCUGGGUUUUUUGUGCAUUUUUUACCGUACGUGGGGUUUGGGUUCCUUCUGAGGAGGGUGAGCAGCCGGUGAGGGCACGAAAGUGAAUCUUUGGAGUGCGUUGGUGUUAGGAGGACUCGGUGAGAGUCCAGGUUUUGUGUUGGGUUUCUUGAUUUGAGGUGCUGGCUCUGUGUCAUUGUGGGGAAUUAUGGACACUAGAGGUCGACUUAUUGCUGGCUCUCACAACAGGAAUGAAUUUGUGCUGAUAAAUGCGGAUGAGAGUGGAACUGGAAGAAUAAAAUCUGUGCGAGAAUUGAGUGGACAAACUUGUCAGAUCUGUGGUGAUGAGAUUGAGCUCACAGUAGAUGGAGAGCUGUUUGUUGCCUGCAAUGAAUGUGCUUUCCCAGUGUGCAGACCCUGCUAUGAAUAUGAGAGAAGAGAAGGAAACCAAGCUUGCCCUCAGUGCAAAACCAGAUACAAGCGCCUCAAAGGUAGUCCUAGAGUUGAGGGUGAUGAGGAGGAAGAUGACAUUGAUGAUCUGGAAAAUGAGUUUGACUAUGGUAGCGGUGAUGCUUUGGGUCCACAACUGGUUGCAGAGGCUAUGCUCACUGCACGUCUUAACACUGGCCGCGGCUCCCAGGCUAAUGGGAUGCCUGGAAACUCUGAACUGGAUUCCUCACCUCCUAGCUCUCAAAUUCCUCUCUUGACCUAUGGCGAGGAGGGUUCUGAGAUUUCUCCUGAUCAUCAUGCACUUAUUGUACCCCCUUUUAUGGGUCAUGGAAAUAGAGUUCAUCCAAUGCCUUACGUGGAUCCAUCUGUACCUUUGCAACCUAGGCCAAUGGUUCCUAAAAAAGAUAUAGCUGUGUAUGGUUAUGGGAGUGUUGCAUGGAAAGAUCGGAUGGAGGAGUGGAAGAAAAGGCAGAAUGAAAAGCUUCAGGUGGUUAAGCAUGAAGGAGGUGGAAACUCUGACGGGGAGGAACUUGAUGAUGCUGAUUUGCCCAUGAUGGAUGAAGGCAGGCAGCCACUUUCAAGGAAGCUACCAAUUCCUUCAAGCAAGAUAAAUCCAUACAGAAUGAUUGUCAUACUCCGUCUUGUGAUUCUUGGAUUGUUUUUUCACUAUAGAAUUCUCCAUCCAGUUAAUGAUGCAUAUGGCUUGUGGUUGACAUCAGUAAUAUGUGAGAUUUGGUUUGGUGUUUCAUGGAUUCUGGAUCAGUUCCCAAAAUGGUACCCUAUUGAGAGAGAAACGUACCUUGAUCGGCUAUCUCUGAGGUACGAGAAAGAGGGGAAACCAUCAGAGUUGGCCAGUAUGGAUGUUUUUGUGAGUACAGUCGAUCCGAUGAAAGAACCUCCGCUAAUCACUGCAAACACUGUUCUGUCCAUCCUUGCUGUUGAUUAUCCAGUUGAUAAAGUUGCAUGCUAUGUAUCAGAUGAUGGUGCUGCCAUGCUUACAUUUGAAGCUCUCUCAGAGACAUCAGAAUUUGCUAGGAAAUGGGUUCCUUUCUGUAAAAAGUAUAAUAUUGAACCUCGUGCCCCCGAGUGGUACUUUUCUCAAAAGAUAGACUAUCUAAAGAAUAAAGUUCAUCCAGCAUUUGUGAGGGAAAGGCGAGCAAUGAAGAGAGAAUAUGAAGAAUUUAAAGUCAGGAUUAAUGGGCUGGUUGCUACAGCACAAAAGGUUCCUGAGGAUGGUUGGACAAUGCAGGAUGGGACACCAUGGCCUGGAAACAACGUGCGAGACCAUCCAGGCAUGAUCCAGGUUUUCCUAGGUCAUAGUGGGGUUCAUGAUGUGGAGGGAAAUGAAUUACCUCGUCUGGUUUAUGUAUCUCGUGAGAAAAGACCAGGCUUUGAACAUCAUAAAAAGGCUGGUGCUAUGAAUGCUUUGGUACGGGUCUCGGCAGUUCUCUCAAAUGCUCCUUAUCUUCUGAAUGUUGACUGUGAUCACUACAUUAACAACAGCAAAGCUCUUAGAGAAGCUAUGUGUUUCAUGAUGGACCCCACAGUAGGAAAGAAAGUCUGCUAUGUGCAGUUUCCCCAAAGAUUUGAUGGAAUAGAUCGACAUGAUAGAUACUCAAAUAGAAACGUUGUUUUCUUUGAUGUCAACAUGAAAGGAUUAGAUGGUGUACAAGGACCGAUAUAUGUCGGAACUGGUUGUGUUUUCAGAAGGCAAGCGCUUUAUGGUUAUGAUGCACCAGUCACCAAGAAGCCUCCCGGCAAGACUUGCAAUUGCUGGCCAAAAUGGUGCUGCCUGUGCUGUGGAUCUAGAAAGAACAAGAAAUCAAAGCCAAAGACUCCAAAGAAAAAGAAGUCAAAACAAAGGGAAGCAUCAAAGCAGAUACAUGCUCUUGAAAAUAUUGAAGAGGGAGUUGAAGGAGUGAGUGCUGAGAAAUCAUUUGAGACCAUGCAAAUGAAAUUGGAGAAGAAAUUUGGGCAAUCUCCUGUUUUUGUGGCCUCUACUCUUCUAGAGGAUGGUGGAGUUCCUCAAAAUGCAACCCCUGCAUCACUAUUGAGAGAAGCCAUCCAAGUCAUCAGCUGUGGCUAUGAAGAUAAAACAGAGUGGGGAAAAGAAGUUGGCUGGAUAUAUGGUUCUGUGACUGAGGAUAUCCUGACAGGAUUCAAGAUGCACUGCCAUGGCUGGCGAUCUGUGUACUGCAUCCCUAAGCUACCUGCAUUUAAGGGUUCAGCCCCUAUUAACCUUUCUGAUCGUCUAAACCAAGUUCUUCGGUGGGCCCUUGGAUCUGUUGAAAUUUUCUUGAGCAGACACUGUCCAAUUUGGUAUGGCUAUGGGGGUGGCUUGAAAUGGUUGGAACGAUUUUCUUAUAUUAACUCAGUGGUGUAUCCCUGGACCUCCAUUCCUUUGCUUGUAUACUGUACUCUUCCAGCCAUCUGCCUUCUCACUGGGAAAUUCAUCGUUCCUGAGAUUAGCAACUACGCCAGUCUUCUCUUCAUAGCUCUCUUCAUAUCUAUUGCCGCAACUGGUAUCCUUGAAAUGCAGUGGGGAGGUGUUGGACUAGAUGACUGGUGGAGAAAUGAGCAGUUUUGGGUUAUUGGUGGUGUUUCAUCACAUCUCUUUGCCCUCUUCCAGGGUUUGUUAAAGGUUUUGGCUGGUGUCAACACUAACUUUACUGUCACUUCCAAAGCAGCAGAUGAUGGGGAAUUCUCAGAGCUUUACCUCUUCAAAUGGACAUCCUUGUUGAUACCUCCAACUACAUUGUUGAUUAUAAACAUAGUCGGAGUAGUAGUGGGAGUCUCUGAUGCCAUCAAUAAUGGGUAUGAUUCAUGGGGUCCACUGUUUGGCAGGCUCUUCUUUGCCUUCUGGGUCAUCAUGCAUCUCUACCCAUUCCUCAAGGGUUUACUUGGGAAACAAGACCGCAUGCCUACCAUCAUUUUGGUCUGGUCUAUUCUGCUGGCAUCCAUCUUGACUCUUCUGUGGGUCAGAAUAAACCCAUUUGUCUCAAGAGAUGGCCCUGUAUUAGAAAUUUGUGGCCUAAAUUGUGAUGACUGAGACAAAUAAUGCCAUAGUUGCUCAGAUGCCAUUGCAACUGCCAUUUAGAGUUACUGAAGGUAAAUACCAUUUCUUUGUGCUUGGCAAUGCCGCAUUACAAAAUGGAUAAUGAGCAUGAAGAAAUUUUGUGGAAAGCAGACUUUAUUUUGGGGAAGUUGUAGAUAUAGUGGGUGGACACAUUGUUCUUUGUUCUUACAGAGUUCUUUAUUAAUUCUUUUAUUAUAUUUCCUCUGUGCGGUGUUAGGGCCUUUCUUUCUUUCUUUCUUUCUUUCUCUUUUUUCUUAUCCUUUGGUUAUGUGCUAUUUUUGGAGUCUAUUCCUGGGAAAAAGGAAGAAAAAUUUAUUGUCGUCCAUGUUGGGAGGAAGUGAAGUGGUGUAGGUGUCUCAGAUUAAUAUUCCCAUUUAUCCUCCUAGAUUGUUUUGAUGUAUCUUCCUAUUCUGAACAGUUUGGCUUGGCCGUGUACUGUGUACCUUAAUAAUUCCAAGUUCUGAAAUGUCAAGAAUCGUAUUUGUUCGAAU